UCUUAUUUUCCUUUUAAAAUUAAUAAAUCCCAUCUCAACCCAUCUUUCCAAAUCUCUAUAUAAACACCCCCAAACCUCCCAAUUACUUACGACCAAAUCAAAACUACUAUCAAUCAUAAUAUAUAAAUAUUUUCUCAUCAACCAAACAAACACUAACUAAUAUGGCUCCUAACAUCAUCAACGGUGCAACAGGCAGAGGCAGGAGUCUAGCCAAGCAAGCCAGCGGUCCAAGCCGAGCUUAUGUGACGUUCUUGGCGGGUGACGGAGACUACGUGAAAGGCGUGGUGGGUUUAGCCAAAGGGCUUAGAAAGGCUAAGAGUAAGUACCCUUUGGUGGUGGCUAUGUUGCCCGAUGUUCCACAACAUCAUAGGAAUAUUCUGGUGGAGCAAGGGUGUAUCGUAAGAGAGAUUGUACCACUCCAUCCACCUGAAAACCAGACUAAGUUUGCUAUGGCUUAUUACGUUAUCAAUUACUCCAAGCUUCGUAUUUGGGAGUUUGUGGAGUAUAGCAAGAUGAUAUACUUGGAUGGAGAUAUUCAAGUAUUUGGGAACAUUGACCAUCUGUUUGACCAGCCAGACUCCUACUUUUACGCCGUAAUGGACUGUUUUUGCGAGAAAACAUGGAGUAAUAGCCCACAAUACAAGAUUGGGUAUUGUCAGCAAUGCCCCAAUAGAGUCCAGUGGCCCAAAGAGUUGGGCCCAAAACCACCUCUUUACUUCAACGCUGGAAUGUUCGUUUUUGAGCCCAGUUUGCCCACUUACUAUGAUCUACUCAAAACAGUCAAAGAGACCCCUCCAACUCUUUUUGCUGAACAGGAUUUUUUGAAUAUGUUCUUCAGGGACAAAUACAAGCCUAUUCCACCAGUUUAUAAUCUUGUUUUAGCCAUGUUGUGGCGUCACCCUGAGAAUAUUGAUCUUGACCAAGUCAAAGUCGUUCACUAUUGUGCUGCUGGAUCUAAACCAUGGAGGUAUACUGGGGAGGAAGAGAACAUGGAUAGAGAAGAUAUAAAAAUGUUAGUGAAGAAAUGGUGGGACAUAUACAACGACGAGUCGUUGGACUACAAGAAAACGACAACACCUGGAGUAGAAUUACCUCCAAAUGGAACAAUAACGACAGAGCAAGCGAAUCUCCAAGCCUUUUUGGAAGCACUAUCAGGGGCUGGUGGUGUGCCACGUGUUAAAGCUCCAUCCGCGGCUUAGUCCCACUGCCACACGUGUCACCUUGUGGAUUUGCCAAACCAAAAUAACAUAUUAUCUCGGCUUUUAUUUAUUUUUUUUUAAUUUUUAUUAUUUGUCUUCCUAUUAUUAUUUGGAAGACAUAUACAUAUCAUAUAUUUUCAUUUUUAUAUUGUAUGUUUAAUAAUUAUUUAGAUGUGUGAGUGUGAGUGAAGAAAGAAACCCUAUAAGACUAAUUUGGGGUUUAUUUUCUUUUUAUAUUGUACUGAUUUAUAUAUUAUAAUGUAUUAAUGAAAAUACGAAAAGUAUAUAAAUAUUUUUAGAA